AUGAAUUUUAAAUUAAAAAAAAAGAUAGAAAAAAAGAAAAAUAAGGAUUAUAAAAAAGAAUUUUGUGAAUCAGAGACAAGAAUAUUUAAUAGAGAAGUAAGUUAUGAUACCAAAAGAGAAGUAUUCAACUUACCAAAAAUAAAUAGAAAUGGAAUUUUAACAUAUGAUGAAGAAAGCAGUACAAUAGAAGAAACAAAAAAUAAAAAAAAAGAAAAGGAAAAAUUAAAAUUAAAAAAACUUUUAGAGAAUAUAAAAAAAAAAAAAGUAAAAAAAAAUCCUAUAGAAGAAGAAAUUUUAAAAAUUACUAACAAAAUUAAUAAUUUACAAGAUAUUAAAAAUAUUAUUGCAACAACAGCUAAUAGUAUUAUAGCUGAUCAAAAUCUUAAUAUUCAAAAAUUGGAUAUUCUAUUUUAUAUUUUUAAAGAAAGCCUAAGAAGAAAAAAGGAGUUUCAUAAAGAAAAUAAAUAUAAUGUUUCUACUUUUAAAGAAAAAUAUAAGUACUUUGAAAAUAUUAAUAUUCUAAGUUGUAUAUCUUUAUGUACUAUUUUUAAGUGUAUAACUCCAUCAUAUAAGAUUUUUAAUACAGAUGAUGGGAAUAGUAAUGUUAUUGAAAAUAAUAGUAAUUUGAAUAAUAAAAAAAAAAAAAAAAAUCAAUUAAAACAUUCUUCUAAAAUUAUCGAAAAUGUAAAUCAAUUAGAGCAAACAAUUGUAAAAUAUUUUAAAGAUUUUUGUAAUAUAUUAAAAGAAAACAUAAAUGAUAACACUAUUGUUUAUGUAAAUUUAUUAUGUGAAAUAGUAACAGUUAAUUUGUAUUUAUCAAAAAAUGAAAAAUUAUUUGAAUACCUUUUAUUAUAUUCAAAUAUAUACACUUAUAAAAGCAAAAAAUACAAUAAAAUAGAAAAUAAGAGAAAAUUUGAAAUUUUAUGUAUGAAAUGCCUAAAUACAUUGAGUGAAAUUAUAGAAAAUGAUCAUAAUUUAUCUUUUACACUAACUUUAGUAAAUUAUUUCUCCAAUUAUAUUUUUAGAAAGGAGAAAAAUAUCUGCCCAAAUUUAUUAAAGAUUUUUUCAAACAUAAAUAUAUCAGAAAAAAAAAUGAAUGCAAAAUUAUAUUCUGAUGAAGAUAAAAAUGAUAAUGAAGGAAAAAAUAAUGAAUUAAAAAUGAAAACAAAUAUAUGUGGAGAUUUGAAAAUAAUAGAAAAAAAUUCUGAAAAAAUAUUAGAUCAGUUAUUUCUAAUUUAUUUAUGUGUAUUAAGAGAAUACAAAAAAUAUUCAGUUUUUUUCGUAAAAAAUGUAUUAUAUGCUUUAUCAAAUUAUGCAUUGUAUAUUAAUAAAUUAAUAAUGGAUGAUGUGUUAGAAGAGGUCAAAGCACUAGCAAAGGAAAAUAAAAUUUCACCAUCACUUAGAAUAACAUCUAUUCAUAUAUUUUUAAAAAUUCUAAAUAAAGUUAAUGAUAAUAUAUAUAUUGAUUGUUCAUGGAUAGUUAAUUGCCUUUUAGAUUUACUAGAUUCAUCAAUUCAUUAUUUUCAUACAGGGUCAUCCAUAUUUUUAUUACAAAAUAGAAACUUUAUUUAUAAUAAUUUUUUAGAUAGUAAUAAUUGUUACUCAAAUGAUAAUAAUACUUGUGAAAUAGAUAACAGUAAAAACAUAAAACAGAUGAAUAAUUCUUUAAAAAUAGAUAAAUUAAAAGAAAAAUAUAAUUUUAGCUCAGAAGUGUUGUAUUGUAUUGACCUAUUGUUAAAAACCAAAAAUUUUACAAAUAGUUUUAAUAAUAUAAAAUUUAGUAAUAAUCAAUUAUUAUGUAGAAUCAUAUAUCAUUUAUACAACAUUUCUUUACAUUCAGAUUAUAUAAUUUCUUUUUCUAUUUUAAAAAUAAUUCAAUUCAUUAUGAUAAAGUUUCCCUUAGUUAAAUGCAUGAUUGAAAGAGAAGGAAUAGUUAUUUCUUAUAUUAAUGAUAAUCUUUCUAUUUUUUUUCAAAAUAUUUUAUUUCAUUCUUGUCUUUUUAAUGAGAUAUCUUCCAUAGCGUUAGAUAUUUCUUUAAAUGAUUCGAACGAAAAUUAUAAUACAGUUUUGAAAAAUUAUAUAAAUGUGAAUAAUUGUAAUAUAAAAAAUAAAAUUAUUAAUUUUAAUCUUAGUUUGAAUGAAAAGAAAAUAAUUGAUGAAAAUAUAUUAAUGAAAUAUGAUUAUGACAAUAUUUUCUAUAAACAUAAAGAAAAUUAUAAUCAAUUCAAUAUAAAUGACAAAAACAAUUUUAAAGAGUCAAUUGAUAAAUCAUUUCUUUCAAGUAAUAAUUUGAAUGAAAAUUUAAAUGUUAAUAAUCUUCCUCCAUAUAUGCUAACUGCAAUUGAUUUCAUUGAUAUAGUUUUUUCUCCAUACGAUAAAUUUAUAAAAUAUUUUCAAAAAGAAAGGGGAAAAAAUGAAAGUACUAUCAAUAACAAUUAUAAAUAUAAAAAUUAUAAAGAAGAUAGACAAAAUGAAAAUCAAGAAAAAAAAUAUAAAAAUUUUAAUAAAAUAAAAAAAAUAAUUAGAAAAAAAAAAAAAAAAAAAAAAAAAAAAAAAAA